UAAGUCUAGAUCUCUUUAUAUAAAACCCUAAAUUAAGCCGAAAUCCUACUUUACAUUUUUUGUUCCUACUAAGGCAUUUAAAGACAUGUCAAUCUUUAAUUUAAAAAUUUAUAAAUUAAACUUUGGCAACUUCAUAUCGAAUUUUUAUGAAAUUAAAUAAGUUCUUGUACUCUAGACACUUUUUGGCAUUAGCUAGGCAGUAUUCAGUGCUCUCAUCAAAUUCAAAAUUCCCUGUUUAUUUAACUCUUAAAAUUGUCAGUUAGAACCCGGAAAAUGCACAAGACCUGGAACAAGCCGUUGCAUAAGCGCAAGUGGAAGAGCGUGUCGAACACUGGGAAGCUGAUCUACUAUUUGCAGCCGCUGGUCGAUAACUUGUUCUUUAUAUGGAUGCAGCCCCUGCCCUUCCCAACCCUCCUCAAGAUCGGGUACAGCUGCGGCCUGUUCUUUUUCCUCCUGCUGCCCUUCCUGUGCCCGCUGCUCGUCCUGGUUUUCUACUACGGCAUCUUCCAGUACGUCGCAGAGCAGCACUUGGCGCUGGUACCGCCCGACAACUUGGACCUCCUUGGGGCCGCCCUGCACCUGUGGCGCUUCGAGGUGCCCAAUCAGAAGUAUCUGAUAUACGUGACCAUGUACAUCGACCGCUAUCGAGUGAUUAUGACCGCCAUAUCCUCGACAAUCGACUACAUGCGCAUGGCCCUGAGCUUUGUUUUCAGCUGAGGCAGGAUCCCAAUAUGGGCAAUAUUUGCAGAUUUGGGUUGAGGAUGGGUGAUGGGUUUUUCAUUUUAAAUAAAAUUGAUUCGUGAUUACAUUUUUGACAGAUAAAAUAAGACAGAAUAUUUGAGCUGAGAGAGCUUCUAGGUGUCCACUCAGUAUCAGGAGCAUCUUCAAUUUAGAUCCUUUAAAAGGUUUAAAUAAACUUGAUGAAAAAGUCAGCAA